AUGGGUAUGGCAAAGUUACGUUACGGAUCUGUGGGUUUUAGGGUUAUGGACGGUGCAACUGGCGUUCCGUCGACGGAGGGCGCAAUACACCAGCACGACGAUCCGCUCGCAUCAGACAAGGACCUGUUCAUCGACGAUGAUGGUUCCGGUGUAGAGAUCGACGAGAGCUCCGGCUCCGGCUGGGGUCCCGGGCCCGGUCCGGACGACGAGGACGGCCGUGCCGGCUCAGGUGACGCACCGAAAGGGCCUGAGGAUGACGAAGAUUUCACUCUACGUACCACGACGGAACAGUCGGAACCGGGUGAUUUCGAAACAGACUAUUCUGAGGAGCCCGAGACCGGCUUGGUUCCGGAGACCGCACCCACUAUCCUGCCAGUAGACAAGUUCGAUGUAGUCAGUCCUCGUAUAUUAACUAAAGAGGAGGGAGCACCAGAUAAUCGCGGGUCUGGGGAAGAUCAGUCCCCACGUCCAGACCAAACAGACAUUAGCAUAUCUGGAGAAGACAUAAACGCACCUAUUGACCAAGAUAAGUCCGGCUCGAAUAUAGAACCGGAGUCGCGGCCGGCCGACAACGUCGUGUUCAUCAUGAACGCCAAGAACGAGGACCGCGCCACUAGCUUCUUCGCACAGCCUGGCAUACUCGCCGCUGUGAUCGGCGGAGCGGUGGUAGGGCUUCUCUGCGCGAUACUAGUGGUCAUGUUCAUCGUGUACCGCAUGCGCAAGAAGGACGAGGGCUCGUACGCGCUCGACGAGCCCAAGCGGAGCCCCGCUGCCGCCUCCUACGGGAAGGGUCACAACAACCGGGAGUUCUACGCGUGAGACCACUCAGAACAAACUCUGCCACAAGUUUAUUAAACACGACACAGCAUACACAAAAUGGCGGAUAACGCCUUACCAAAUUUCAAUUCCGACGCAAAAUUUGCAUCAGAAAUUCCCAUAACGUGGCUAAAUUUGUUCUGUAAAUAAAGGAUUUGUAUCCAAUUAAAUAUAUCAACAUGUAACUGUACUGAUUGUACUUCGCUAUGUACAAACCAUGUACGAUCUAAUGUUGUCUGUUCGACGUACGAAUUAGUGAUAAUUUGUAUGAAUUAAAAGUUUAAUCUAAAAUAUCAAUUUAAAGACCAAAUUUUUAGUCAGUGGUGUAUUCAUGAGUCUUGAUGUCUGACCUGGGCAAUGGCAUCAACUUUUUAACGUGACUAUAAUAGAGAAAGACAGAUAUCGUCUCUAAUCUUUGGUCUAACAAAUAAAACAGUUGAUGCUAUUUACCCAACUAUGAAUGUCUUCUGCAUUGAGACCAAUGUGUUUUGAAUGUCGAAGUAUCACUAGAUGUCUUUUAAUUGAAUCUAAAUGGGAGAUCUUGUAUAAUGUUGUUCUGUAAAAAAUAAAUGUGCCAUCCGCUUCCUUCGAUUGUAUAUUUUCCAAUUGUACGUUAGUUUUAUCUUCAUUACAUAGAUUGUACUCUAACUAAGAUAGAUAUGUUCAUAUCUCGUUUAUCUAUGUCAUGUAUAAAGUUGAUAUUAUAUGUAUUUAUAUACUUUAUUUGAAACCUCGUGGAAUGAUUACGUUCUUAAAUGAUGAAAUUUAAGAUUAUUCGAACACUUCAGAAUACAACUCAAUCGAUUUUUAAUUUUACGAUGUUUCAAAAUAAAGUUUUUUAAUUAUAAGAAUAAUUGAUAAAAUACAUAAUAUUUAACAUACUAAUAACGAAUUCAGGUAGCACUGAAGUACUAUCACCAUAUACAAAUGUCUAGAACUCUAGACAUUUGUAUAUCGACAGAACAGUGGGCAUUGAAUGUUUAACAUAUAAUGGAUAUAUAUGAAAACGACUUUAGGAUUUUCUUUGUGUUCCUCUAGUAUAUAAGUAUUUUGUAAUUGUUUUUUAUACUAACUACGUGGGAUUUAAUCAUUAUCUUGUUUUGUAACUUAUAAAUGAUUUUAAUUAUCUUAUUGUAAGGCGUUAUUGUCACACUGGCUAUGAGUAAUAACAAAUAACAAUAAUUUUCGACAUUCAAUUAAUUUUUUAUAUAUAAAUGAUUUUCCGUCGUUACGCAACGAAUUUUAAUUCCAAUUUUCAUAUUAUUUUGACUAAUAUUUUCAUAUCAAUUGCUCACUUAGAUAUAUUUUAAAAUUGCCUAAAAUUUUUAUUUUAUAUUAUAAAUUGUAACAAUGAAGUCAAUUAAUUUAUUUAAAUUAUAUAUAAAUAUUCGUGUAUUGUUGAUUAUAUUACGGUUUUUAAAUUUUCGAAUAAAUAAUAAAUCAAUCAUUUACUACUUUACGCAUAAUUUUGAAUAUUGGCGAAAAUUGGAGUAUGAUUCGGACGUAAAUGUUUUUAGGUAAUAAUGAAUCAUUAAACGUUAAAGCUAACAAUGUUAAAAAAUACUAUUUGCAUUUAUGUAAAUAAAUAUAUAUAAAAAAAAACAAACUGGGCAAAUGUCAACCGUUGACACAGAGGGACACUGGCUGGCCUGGACUGACCUAAGUAACAUACUUAUUUAAAACACAAUUUGAUCUACGCUUUUGUAGAAUCAAUCAUAAAUUAAUGUUAAUUAUAAAUUUGAUUUUAAUUAAAGGGAUUAAAAACUAUCUAUAUAUUUUUAAUUAAAAUGCAGUAUGUAUUUGUUUUAUUACUUUUAAAAACAUUCCUCCGCGAACAGAUUAAAAAUAAUAUCCUAAAAGAAAUAGUUACGACGCUCACUUUGUAUAAGAAUCUGUAAUUAUAAUUGUAAAUUCUCUUAGAUCUAAUAAUACUAAUUUAUACAAUAAUAUAGUAAUUCAAUAACCAAAUAUUAUUUCUUCAUAUAGUCCAUUAAUAACAAAGAAAGAAGAAGAAAUGCUAAAUUAAACUAAAUAUUAAACUUGGCGUAAUUUACUGUCAUACAUGUUCUAAUUAUUAUUAAAAAUUAACUCGAAAUACAUAUAUAUAGAAUCUG